AUGCAGUGCACUGUCAUCGCCUUUUGUGCCAUCAUGGCUACUGCAACAGCGGGUGGACUUGGAGCAUACGGAGGAGGCCUUGGCUACGGAGGAGGCCUUGGCUACGGAGGAGGCUUGGGCUAUGGUGGUGGCCUCGGAUACGGUGGUGGCUACGGUGGUGGCUACGGCGUCAGUGGUGUGGGUGUCGGCAGCAGUGUGGCCCUUUUGAGUGGAGGACCUGCGUUUGCUAAGGUUGUCGCUGGACCUGCUUUCGUGGUCAGGUCUGUGCAUCACGUGAACAAGGUUAGCGGAGGAGGAGCCCUUCUAGCUCAUUCUGGUCUCGGCGGAGGAUAUGGCGGCGGCUACGGAGGAGGCGCCGGCUACGGUGGAGGCUACGGUGGUUACGGCUACGGCGGCUACGGUGGAGGUUACGGUGGUUACGGAUACGGCGGCUACGGCUACAAGGGAUGAACAGGAUGUUUAACUGCUUAUU